GACUGGGUGGGGAGUGAAAAACACUAACUAGGUAAUAGAUAAGUAGUAACUUUGGUGAAGAGUAAGAGAGUACACAGUAGUGAGGAAGUCAGCACAACUCAACCAAGGCAAGGUCAUGGAAGCUCCAUAGACACAUCCAAACUCUCUGAGGGCCCAAAUUACUGGGCUGAGCAUUGGGAACCAUGGCGUUGGGGGAAAUCUAGCUCAACUGGCAUAACAUAGUUUAUAAAGAAAACAUUCUACAUCUUACUUUAGUGAGUAACGUCUGAGGUCUUAAAAGCUUGUGAGAGGCCAUCUAAGAUAGUUCGUUGGUCCCACCCUAUCUGAUUCACGGGAGAAUGAAGAAAAGCAAAGCAAAAGGGAAAGAUUAAUCCAAAGUAUGAAUAGAGCACAGCUACCACAGCCUCCAUCAGACUGAAUCCAGCGCAACUAGAUGGUGCCCAGCUACCACCGUCAACUGCUCUGACAGGGAUCAUUAUAGAGGAUCCCAGACAGAGAGAGACUGGAGAAACCCUGAGAAUAUGGCCCCCAGGUACCCUUUUAACUCAGUACUGAAGUCACUCCUGAGGUUCACCCUUCAGUCAAAGAUCAGACAUUCCCAUAAAACAAUAAUAUAUGUAGCUCAGCCAUGUAUAGGAGACUAAAUUGGCACAGUAGCCCAGGGCCAAUCAUGAGAAGGCAGGAGGGAACAGGAAAGUUGGACGAAUGGAAAUGGAGAACGCAAGGUCAAGAAGGGGAGAGUGCUGAUAUGUCAUGGGGUUGGCAGCCAAUGUCACAAAACAAUAUGUGUAUUAAUAGUUUAGUGAGAAAAUAAUUUGUUCUGUAAACCUUCAUUUAAAGCACAAUAAAAAAAGAAGAAAAAAAAGUUUUAAUCAAUUCAUAUGUCCAAGGAACACAUUUGUUUGCUUAUCUAACAGAAUAGUUGACAACAUAUUAUAAUUACUGAAACUAUUUGCAGAUUUGACAGUGUCACUCAAUUCAUGUAGUACAUUUCAGUACAUUUUAUUUAAUAAACCUCAUUUCAGGGCUGUUGAACUGCUUGGAAAGGAAGUUUCUAUUUAUUCUUUGAAUGUACUUAAAGUUAUGACUGUUUGUAUUUGUUUCCAUCAGCCAACAAGUGAAAAUAUGGAUCAGGAGAAUCAGACCAUGGUGACUGAAUUUUAUUUCUCUGAUUUCCCUCAGUUUGAGAACAGGGGCCUUUUAUUCUUCAUUCCUUUACUCUUUAUUUAUGUGUUCAUCAUUGUUGGAAAUUUUAUGAUCUUCUUUGCUGUCCGGCUGGAUACACGUCUCCACAAUCCCAUGUACAAUUUCAUCAGUGUCUUCUCCUUCCUGGAGAUUUGGUACACCACAGUGACCAUCCCCAAGAUGCUCUCCAACCUAGUCAGUGAGCAGAAGACCAUCUCCUUCAUUGGCUGCCUUCUGCAGAUGUAUUUCUUCCAUUCACUUGGGGUCACAGAAGGCCUCAUCUUGACAGUGAUGGCCAUUGAUAGGUAUGUUGCCAUCUGCAACCCACUCCGCUAUGCAGUCAUUAUGACCCCUCAGCUCUGCAUCCAGCUCUCCACUGGCUCUUGCAUCUUUGGCUUCCUUAUGUUACUGCCAGAGACUGUGUGGAUUUCCACCCUUCCCUUCUGUGGCCCCAACCAAAUCCAUCAACUCUUCUGUGACUUUGAACCUGUACUGCACUUGGCCUGUACAGACACGUCCAUGAUUCUGGUGGAGGAUGUGAUCCAUGCUAUUUCCAUCCUGACCUCUGUCUCCAUCAUCACUCUUUCCUAUUUAAGAAUCAUCACCGUGAUCCUGAAGAUACCCUCAGGUGAGAGCCGUCAGAAGGCAUUCUCCACUUGCUUGGCUCACAUUACUAUUUUCUUGCUGUUUUUUGGCAGUGUAACCCUCAUGUAUCUGCAUUUCUCUGUCACUUUCCCACCACUACUGGACAAGGCCAUUGCACUUAUGUUUGCUGUCCUUGCUCCACUUUUCAACCCUGUAAUCUAUAGUCUGAGGAACAGAGACAUGAAAGAUGCCAUCAAGAAAAUCCUCUGUUCUCAAAAGAUGUUCAACGUCCCUGGGAGUUAA